UCUUCUGCUGGAUCACUGCUACAGUUCUGGAGCACAUGUUGACUACAGAGCAGAGAGGAGAGCUGCCCAAGACCCUGACUGACAUGUACUCACACUUCCUGCUGGUUCAGACAAAGAGGAGGAAGAACAAGUACCACGAGGGACAUGAGACGAGUCCACAGGAGCUAACGGAGGCUGACAGGGAAGUUCUUCUGAAGCUGGGGAGGCUGGCGUUUGAACAUCUGGAGAAAGGAAACAUCAUGUUCUACCAAGAUGACCUGGAGCAGUGUGGUCUGGAUGUGACAGAGGCCUCGGUGUACUCAGGAGUUUGUACAGAGAUCUUCAAAAGAGAGUGUGUGAUCUUCCAGAAACCAGUCUACUGCUUUGUUCAUCUGACCAUUCAGGAGUUUCUGGCUGGAGUCUACAUGUUCUACUGUUUCACCAACAGGAAGACUGAUGUGGUGGAGGACUUCCUGGGGAACAAAUAUAAAGAGUCAUCGUUGGAUGAUUUCCAAUAUGUUUUCACCAACAGGAAGACAGAGGUGCUGAAGGACUUCCUGGGGAUAGACUGGAAUGAGGAGUAUGAUAAUGAUGAUGACAGUCACAGUGAUAAUUAUCAUGAUGAGGAAGUUUUGCUGGAUGAUUACAUGAUGCGUGAAUCUUCUGUGGAUGUGUUUCUAAGGAGAGUCAUGUAUAAAUCCCUCCAGAGUAAAAAUGGCCACCUGGACCUGUUUGUUCGCUUCCUUCAUGGCCUCUGUCUGGAGUCCAACCAGAGAUUCUUAGUAGGUCUGCUGGGUCAGACAGAGAACAGUCCAGCAAUCAUCCAAAAUAUCAUCGACAAUUUGAAGGAGAUGAACAGUGAUGAAAUCUCUCCUGACAGAAGCAUCAACAUCUUCCACUGUCUGAUGGAGAUGAACCACCUCUCAGUACAUCAGGAGAUCCAAGAGUUCCUGAAGUCAGAGAACAGAUCAGAGAAGGAACUCUCUGAGAUCCAGUGCUCAGCUCUGGCCUUCAUGCUGCAGAUGUCAGAGGAGGUUCUGGAUGAGUUGGACCUGCAGAAGUACAACACAACAGAGCAGGGACGACUGAGACUGAUUUCAGCUGUGAGGAACUGCAGAAAGGCUGGACUGGCUGAGUGUGGACUCUCAGAGACUGACUGUGAAGUUGUGGCCUCAGCUCUGAAGUCCAACCGCUCCCAUCUGACAGAGCUGGACAUGAGUGAGAACAACUUGCAGGAUUUAGGAGUGAAGCUUCUGUGUGCUGGACUGGAGAGUCCAAACUGUCGACUGGAGACUCUGAGAUUGAGGGGCUGUGGUUUGUCAAAUAUCAGCUGUGAUUAUCUGGCAGCAGCGCUGAAGUCCAACCCCUCCCAUCUGAGAGUGCUGGACCUGAGCUUGAACAACCUGCAGGAUUCAGGAGUGAAGCAGCUGUGUGUUCUUCUGGAGAAUCCACGAUGUCGAUUUGAAACUCUGAGAUUGAGGGGCUGUGGUUUGUCAAAGAUCAGCUGUGACUAUCUGGCAGCAGCGCUGAAGUCCAACCCCUCCCAUCUGAGAGAGCUGGUCCUGUACAACAACAAUCUACAGGAUUCAGGAGUGAAGCAUCUGUGUGGUUUCCUGGAGAGUCCGGGAUGUGGACUUGAAACUCUGAGACUGAGUCACUGUGACCUGUCAGAGAGAAGCUGUGAAGCUCUGUCCUCAGGUCUGAGCUCUCAGACCUCUAAUCUGAGACAGCUGGACCUGAGUAACAGUAACCUGAAGGAUUCAGGCGUGAAGCUUCUGUCUGAAGGACUGAAGAGUCCACACUGUACACUGAAAACUCUCAGUCUGUCAGGCUGUCUGAUCACAGAGGAAGGCUGUACUUCUCUGGCCUCAGCUCUAAUGAUAGAAGGAUGA